AUGGCGUCUGCAGCACGCGCAUCGAGCGAGCGGGCAGUGGAACAGCGCAAGCGGAGGAAGAUCCCGCUGGCGUGUGAGCCGUGCCGCGAGCGCAAGUCGCGAUGCGACGGGGCCAAGCCGAUCUGCUCCACUUGCCAGCGGCGGUCGUUGCCGAUGCAUCAUUGUGUGUAUACGCUGGAGAAUGCGAGGACGGCGAGUAGCGAGGCAUACAUCAAGGUGUUGCAUGACCGGAUCCGCCGACUGGAAAAAACAUGCACCGACCACGGCAUCCCGAUCCCCCCGCUGGACUCCGGAGACGGCAGCGAGGGGGAAAUCCCCGGGCCGGGCCCGUCUCCACUCUCCCCCGUGCUUCCCGGCGCAGUUCCCGGUCCCGGUCCCGGCCCCGGUCUCGGCCCCCGUCGACCAACAGACCCCAGCCUCACCAUCCCCAGUCCCCCAGUCCAAACCCACCACCACCACCACACCUCCUCCUCCCCCAAUACCACCCUCCGGCCGCCGCCCAUCCCCGUCGUCGCGUCGCCGGAACGGGAGCGGUUUGACGUGACGGAGUCGACGGCCAGCGUCACGGCCAUGGGGACAGUGACCGCCGAGCACGACGUGCCGCAGACUUUUGACGCAGCCAACGAGUUUUAUGGGAGCUCAUCAGCAGCAUCGUUUAUGAAGGAAGCGUACACCUCUGUCAAGCCGCACCGGCCACGGAAUGCCAGCACAGGCACCGGUACAACGUCCACAGCCGCCGGGAAUGGAACCCUCUCCAACGGACCUCAACCUUUCCUGGCUCCGUUCGCCCGCUCCGAGCCGCAUACCUUCACCCAAUUCGCCCAAGUCGACAAGUUCGCACUGCCCCCACGUAACCUAGCCGACCACUUGCUCAGUCGCUUCUGGGAGCGUGUCUACUGGCUGUACCCCCUCUUCGACAAACCGACCUUCCUCCACGCCUACGAAACCCUCUGGCGACCAGCCCACGAACAACAACAACAACACAAACCCUCCAACCCCCACCAAAACCAACAACACCACCAACCCCCAAACCCAAGCAACACCCCCCUCCCGGGCCUCGGCCUCGGCAGCACCCCCGGCGCCGACGCCCACACCAUCGUCUUCCACUGCGCGCUGAACACCAUCUUCGCCCUCGGCGCGCAGUUCUCCGACCUCAGUCUGCCCGACAAAGCAGCCGCCAUCGAGACCUUCUUCAACCGUGCCAAGGCGUUUGUGGGGUUGGAUUUUAUCGACAUGCACAAUGUGGGCGUGGUGCAGAGUUUGCUGUUGAUGGCGCUGUUGUUGCAGAGGGGGAGAGGGGAGGAGGGGGAGGAGGUGCG